GGUAAUGGAAGUUGGCAACGACAUUCAAGAGUAUGUUUCCAGACUGAAGUUGUGUGGCAAAACUAGAAAUUUGACUGAAGGCAGACGCAUUCACGCAUCUCUAUCAAAGAGCCCGCAUUGUGCAAAUAGAUUUUUGGCCAAUUUAGUGAUAGAGAUGUACGGGAAGUGUGGUGAUGUCGCAGGAGCCAAAGAAGUUUUUCAUGGACUCGGUAGUCCUAAUGUCUACUCCUGGAAUCUCCUGCUGGCCGCUUAUGCCCACAACGGGCAUCUGGAAGAAUCCAAGAGAAUCUUUGAUUCUAUGCCGGAGCAAAACAUCGUGUCUAGGAAUGCCAUGCUUGCGGCGUAUGCUAAGGGCGGGGACCUUGAUAAAACGAAGGAGUUUUUCGAGGCACUGGCUCAGAAGGAUGAAAUCUCAAUUACCACCAUGCUCCUGGCAUAUGCCCGUAACGGGCAUGCCGAUCAAGCAAGGGUUUUGUUUGAUCAAAUGUCCAACAAAGACAUGGUUUGCUACACGACUCUAAUCACCGCAUAUGCCCAAAGCGGAAAAGUUGACGAGGCAAGAUACUUGUUUGAUAGAAUGCCGGAACGCGACGUUGUGUGUUGGAACGCCAUGAUCUCCUCGUACGCCCAACAAGGGCAUACAGACCAGGCAUAUCAUCUUUUCAAGAAUAUGCCUCACCCGGACGUGAUAACAUGGACGGCUGUGAUCAGCGGGUGCGCCCAACAUGGCCAACUUUCCCACGCAAAGGACUUGUUUAACAAGAUGCCCCAGAGGAGCCUCGUCUCCUGGACGGCUCUGGUCACGGCUAUGGCCAAGUACGGAUGCACGGAAGAUGCCCUUUUGCUAUUCCACAAGAUGCCCGAGUGGAGUACGGUCUCCUGCAAUGCGGUGAUUGCGGGCCUGGGCCACUUUGAGGAGAUUUUCGAGAGAAUGCCGUACAAGGACAUUGUGACGUGGAAUGCCAUGGCGCAAGCUUAUGCCGCGUUAGGAGAUUUUGGCAGUGUAAAGAGAAGCUUUGACACCAUGCCCGAGUGGGACAUGGCCUCUUGGACAAUCAUGAUACUGGAAUAUGCUCGCCACGGCCGUCUAGGAGAUGCGAGGCUCUUGUUUGAAAAGAUGCCUAACUGGGAUUUGGUUUUGUGGAAUGCCAUGAUCAACGCAUAUGCCACAAGUGGGCAUUUAAGUGAAUGUAGUAACUUGUUCAUGCGGAUGCCACAGCGUGACGCUUCUACUUGGAACUCUAUGGUCUUUGCAAAUGCCCAUGCCGGGCAUAUAGAUCACGCAAAGUGGCUUUUCGACCUAAUGCCGGAGUGGAAUGUAGUGUCAUGGACAGUGCUUCUAGCAGCAUAUGCCCAAGCUGGGCAUCUGGCUUACGCCCGUGAGAUGCUGAAUCAGCUGCCGUGCCAGCAUGCCGUGCCUUGGAAUGCCAUGAUCGGUGCGUAUGCCCAGCUUGGGCAUGGCAUGGAAGCCAUUCAAGCGUUUGGCGAGAUGAAGAACAGGGGUGUGUCACCCGACAGCGUUACGUUCGUGAGUGUCAUCGCUGCGUGUGUGAGCCUUGUGACCGCCGGAGUUAAUUGGGAGCUCGUCCGCAGCGUUUUGAGCCAGAUCGCUUAUAGAGAAACCUGUGUCCUGAAUGCCAUCGUAGAUAUGUAUGGUAAGCUUGGAGCCGUCGAGAGAGCUAGAAGAGUUUUCGACAGCAUACCUCGGCCCACGACGGUUUCCUGGACGGCGAUCAUCUCGGCUUAUGCUCAAAACGGAUCACACCACGCUGCCCUGGAGCUUGUUCUUGCAAUGGAAGCUGACGGUGUUAAGCCGGACGAUGUUGCCUUUAUCACCAUUCUCACGGCGUGUAGCCAUGCCGGGUUACUAGCUCAAGGCAGGAAGUACUUCAGGUCCAUGAGCGAGGACCACGGCCUUCUCCCGACGAUGGACCACUUUAAUUGCAUGCUAGAUCUCAUGGGACGCGUUGGAUAUCUGCAAGAAGCUGAUGAGCUCGUCAACAGCAUGCCUUACUUGCCUGGAUCCAUGAUGCUGUUCCGUAUCUAG